AUGAUUGAUUCCGGAGCUACGUCGUGCUUCAUCCACCCUCUUUUGGUAGAAACUUAUCGACUUCCUACCUACCUUCAUCCAAUUCCUAAAAAGCUCCGCGUUAUUGAUGGCCAAGAAAUUGAUUCUGGCCAAAUCACUCAUUUCACUCGCUUCAAAUGCACUAUUGGUAACCAUACCAAAGAACUAGAAUGCCAUAUUUCAAAUAUUGGCAAUCAUCAAACUCAAGCAGUAGAAGAAAUCCCUACUCCCUACCAAGAAUUCUCUAGAGUAUUUUCGGAGGAAGAAUCAUCCAAAUUGCCACCCCACCGUCCUUAUGAUAUUGCUAUUGAGUUGCUUCCUGAUGCAAAACCCCGACAUGGCCCCAUUUAUAGCCUAGGCCCAAGGGAGGAUGCCGAACUCAAGGAAACUAUUGAAAAACAACUCAAGGCCGGAUUGAUUCGACCCUCAAAGUCUCCCAUGGCUUCUCCAAUCUUAUUUGUCAAGAAAAAGAAUGGAAAAUUACGCAUGUGUGUGGACUACCGGCGCUUGAAUAGCAUGACCAAGAAGAACGCUAAAUUUGAUCUUAAGUCAGGUUACAAUUUAGUCCGAAUUAAAGAAGGUGACGAAUGGAAGACGGCCUUCAAAACAAAAUACGGACUAUUCGAAUACUUGGUUAUGCCCUUUGGUUUGACAAAUGCACCGGCGUCUUUUCAAGACAUGAUGAACAAAAUUUUCCGAGACCUUUUGGACGUAUAUGUCAUCAUUUACUUGGACGAUAUUCUAGUCUUCUCCCUGAAUGAAAAGGAUCAUGAAACCCAUGUGCGAGAGAAAUGCCAUUUCCACGUCAAGAAGAUUGAUUAUCUAGGGUUUAUCAUAUCGGAAUUUGGUAUAGAAGUUGAUCAAUCUAAGGUCACAGACGCCCUGAACUGGUCGACACCUAAGAAUGUCAAAAACAUCCAAGAAUUCUUAGGAUUUGUGAACUUCUAUAGACGGUUUAUCCCUAAUUUUGGCAACAUGGCACGGCCUUUGUAUAAUUUGCUCAAGAAAGACAGUCAAUGGAAAUGGGAACAAGCAGAACAGCAAUCCUUUGACGGCCUUAAAAAUCCUGACACCACAAGACAAUUUUAUGUAGAAUGCAACGCAUCGGACUAUGCCACUGGAGCAAUACUAUCUCAGCGUAAUCCUGAAGGGAAACUAGCCCCCGUAGCCUAUCUAUCAAAAUCCCUAUCCCCAGCCGAAAAAAACUACGACAUCUUUGACAAAGAAUUACUGGCAGUCAUUAGGGCAUUUAAGGAAUGGCGUCAUUUACUGGAAGGGUCAGAAUUACCAGUCCAAGUUCUAACAGAUCAUAAGAAUUUGGAGUAUUUCUCUACGUCACAAUCCUUGAACAAACGUCAAAUCCGAUGGGCAAAUUUCCUAGUAGACUACAAUUUCCAGAUUACCUACAGACCUGGGGCACAGAACAAAAAGGCGGAUAUUCUCUCUAGACGCUAUGAUUUAAUACCCCUUGAAGGGGGGGUAGAGAACCAGGUUCUCCUAAAACCGGAACUUUUCAUCGCAUCUAUUACCCCAGAUCAGGAAAUCAACGAUCUGAUUGGUGAAGCAAUCUAUGAGGAUGAACGUCUUAAAGAAAUCUUGUACAAGCUCCAGAACAAAAAUAAAGUAGUUGACUGGGAAUUAAAGGAAGGAUUACUAUGGUUUCAAGGGAAAUAUUUGUUCCAAAGGAUGACACUAUUAGGAACCUUAUCUUGGAAUCUAGGCAUGACGCUUUAG